AUGCCAAGGACACUCCCAUGGCUCCUUGAGCCGAAGCCUAAAGGCAGAGUGAAAGGCGAGUCGACGCCGCGCAAGCGCGUCAAGCGAGAGUCUGCUCCUGACAUCGACGCGACUCCAAAGAAGGAACCAGCUUCACCUGAGAGCAAAGACUUCCUCCGUUCUUGUAUGAUUAUUCCCCCUUUAAAUCCAUUCCUAUUCUUCCGAAGAUGGGCUGCGCUAACGGGAACUACGCUUUCAGCCCAAACUCCCCCAACAUCCCCGCACGACCAUGUCCUCCCGAAGAGACUUGACAAAGAUGACGGAUGGAUCAUGGUCGAAGACGAAUUCUACACAGUGGCGCAAUCUUUCACACAGCACUUGCACCAUGCAGAAUAUGUACGCCGAAAGAAGGAGGCAAAAGCGCAGACCGCGACAGCAAUAGCGGCAAUAGAAAGGCCGACAGAUGGCAGGACACCGGUUCCAAAGGAACUCCAGCGGAAGAAAGACGCCGAGGCCCUUAGGGAGCGGCAGAAGACCGGGCUUGAGCAAAUUGGAGUCCCAGGCGUUCGUACAGACGAGGCGCAGGAUGAAGAGGAAGACGAUGAUGCCUGGGCUGGUACACAUCUACACGGGCUUAUGACGAGCCCCAGAAAAUCUCGAUCAUUAGUCGGAAUGCACACGAUGAAGUCUUCGACUAGAGCUGCAGCAGGUUUCGGGCAGACUUCGCAGUCAUCUAACAACGGCCGCGGGGAUGGAAUACCACUGCCGAGCUCUUCGCCACAGGCUGAUGCCCACGUGAUCGAGAUUCUGGAUGAGACAGCGUCGGAAGAAGAUGAUCUGGAUGCAGAUGUUCAAUUGCUCGCAACGCCCACCGCGAGGCGCAAGGCUGGAAAUGCUGUUGAGUCCUCGAGAGCCUCAAGUAUCCCAGAUGAUUGCAACAUCAAGAAUGAAAGGCCAGCGCCGAUUGCAUUCGACACAUCGGGCUCAAGGCGUGCCAUGGGAUCAGGGAAGCAGACAAAGUCAAGAGUUCAAAUGUUAUUUGAUGAGCUUGAUGAGCUGCCAGAGCCAUCUGAAUCGAGUCAAUCUAUCUCUGACAAGGAUACACACUCAACAUCGGUCAAUUUGUCCACCAAAGCUUCUUCCAGCGAUAACAACCUGGCAUCCUCCAAAUCGCGCUUCAAAAACGUGCCAACUUUUAUAGUGUGA